UGAAUGCGUAGUGCUGUGAGCACACCCCAAAAAGGCCGAAAAGCCGAAGGGUUCACCUGUUCAUAAUCGUGAUAUAUACAAUGGACUAUUUUUAGAUUAUUCUGAUCACGUUGACAUAAAUCGCAAGUCACUUCCUCGUGUGUUUUCGGUUAUUUUUGUUGUUUGUAAGUUACGUUUAGGAGAAAUCAGACUUCAGUGAGUUGUAGACCGAAUACGCGAAUCUUGAUUUCCAAUUCGAAGUUGUCAGGUUGUUUGAAUAGUUAAGACAGAGCACUUGUCAGUUGCGCUGAACAUUAAUUUAAACAUGGAGUUUGCCUCCACUCAUGUGUACAACUACGAUGAAUCUGAUGAGGAAGAAAUCACAGAAACUGAUCUGGAUCUCAGUUCCCACUACCAAGCCUUGCGCAGUGCCAAAGCAAGUGAUGCUUACAUGCCACUGCAGAUAAGAGGUGGAGUUGGCCAGUCUGAAGCAACAUAUGACCACACCCCUUUAUUCAAGCCUUCAAGAGAUGUGAUUUAUGACAAUGCAGGUUUCCAACCCACCUCACGAAACCGACAUGAAGAAGCAAUUUAUGACAACAGAAUGCCUGAGCUCCCACCCCCUAGAGUCAAAGCUAAAGCACAGAAUAAAGAUUCUGGUGACUAUGCCUCAGCCUAUGACACACCGCGGCAGGCUAAUCCAUACUACUAUAUCCAUGGGGAGGGUGCCCCUCAGGAGCCACCUCCCUUACCACCAAUGAGGAAACCAGUGAAAAAAGAACCCAGUAAGAAACAUCGACGGGCAGACACCAAUGUGAUUGCUGUGAAGUUUGAUACUUUGGUCAGCUCUAGCCACCAACAUGCAGGGAGUCCAAUCUUCUGCUGUAACUGUGACGCAGCCUUCUCCAGUGUUAGCCAAACUAACACAGAGGUCAGUGGGUCACAGAUGUGGAAGUGUGAGUUCUGUGACAGAGAGAAUCCAGUGACUGCCACCAUGCAGAAUUUUCCCCAGGAGAAUGACUUGACCUUCACCAUUCAGCCAGGCUCAGGAGGAGGUGAUGACACAGCUGUUAUCUUCAUGGUUGAUAUCUCUGGCAGUAUGUCAGUAACCACAGCAGUUCCAGGAGGUACCUUCAAGGACCAGAGGUUGAACGAUGAAGGGACAGCUCUCUCUGCUUACAGAGAGCAACUGGCUGAACAGGAAGAUCGAUAUACUGCAGGACCCAAGAGAGAAUACUCCUACAUCUCAAGAUUACAGGCCAUGCAGUCAGCUAUUGAUCAGCAACUUUCCAAAAUGGAGAGAACACUUGGAAAUAAGCGAGUAGGAAUUGUGGCAUUUAACGACAGUGUGACUGUGAUUGGUGAUGGAAGUCAAGACCCUGUGCCUCUGGAGGGCGCUGGUUUGACAGAUGAACAAAGUAUCAUCAGCUUGGGCAAGAUAUUCCCCCUACCAGCGCCCAUCAGUGAGGUCAGAAGAUGCCUUUCAGACAAGGUCUUCAGCCUGACGGAGGGAGGACAAACAGCUCUUGGACCUGCUCUCAUGUUGUCUGUUGCUAUGGCAUCACAGAAGCCCGGGUCAAAGGUCAUAGUAUGCACAGAUGGCUUGGCGAAUGUUGGGCUUGGAAAGCUAGAUGUGACUGAUGAUGAACACUAUGAUAAAGCAUCUGAAUUCUAUGAGUAUGUUGGACAUUAUGCAAGGGACAGUGGGACUUGUGUCUCUGUCUUGACAAUGGAGGGGGAGGAUUGCCGUGUGAUUGAGCUGGGCAAUGUUGCCGAUAAAACUGGUGGACAAGUGAAUGUAGUUGAUCCCAUGAAACUCAACGAGGAGUUUGCCAACAUCUUAGAUGAUCCUAUUCUAGCAACCAAUGUCUCAGCUAAACUGGUGUUGCAUAAGGGAUUGUACUUUCGUGAUGAUGAAAAUAUGGCCGGUGAGCAUGCCAGUCAAGCUACUCGGAACAUUGGCAUCGUGACCAAAGACUCUGAGACCACCUUUGAAUUUGGUGUCCGUACUAAGCCUGUACGAGAAGUUAUCUAUGACAACUUUGGUGGCUUGACUAUAACACACAAAGAUGAUGAAGUGAAAGAAGAGCCCGUUUAUGACUCGAUAAAUCCCAAGAGUAUGAUAGAAGGAAUGGAAAGACUGCCAUUCCAGUUACAGAUAUAUUUUACAGGACGAGACGGUGCACAAAAUCUACGAGUCAUCACCAUGGAUCGACCAAUCACCAAAGACCGCCAUUUUGCUGAACAGAAUGCCAAUGUUGCUGUUCUGGGUGCUCAUGCUGCUCAGUCAGCAGCUAAGCUAGCCGUGGAGGGUCUGUAUGGAGAGGCUCGUAUUAAUGCUCUAGUAACCCAGAAGCUUGUGGAGAGACAUGCACAACAUCAAGGUGAUGAAGGAGAAGAUGUGUACCAGUCCUUUGUAGCCACCUUGGCUCCAAUCCAGUCAGAACUCUACAGAGCCCACACAUCUGCUCGCCGUCAGCCCGGGGCCAGACCAGGUGCAGGCUUUGAAGAUGAGGAAGAUGAACCGGCAGAAUACACAUUCUUUAUUGGAAACCAGAAAUCAGCCAAACGGGGACUGUCAAAGAAGGCCAAAAAGAGAAGACAGAAGAUCACAGAUAAGCAAGCGAAUCUCUUCUAUAAGAUGAAAAAUGCAACAAGCAACAUGUUCCAGAAACACAAAGGGCAGAUGAAAAUGGGAAACAUCAACUAAACCAAGACUCAUUGAACAUUCAGUACUCUAAGUUCUUUCCCUAAGCAAAGCCUGUGAGAUCCAAGACUCAU